UGAACGCACCACACCAUGGCUGAGCAGGAGUUCCAGAAGAUCGGAGACAAGCUCCUGUCCUGCAGAGGAUACGUCUUUCCUCAUUUUAACAAGGAUGGUUUUACACAGUUCACAGACAGUGUGAAGACGUUCCAGAUCAGAGACGAUGAUGUUUAUGUCAUUACAUUUCCUAAAUCUGGUACGGUUUGGACUCAGCGCAUCAUAACGCUGCUGUAUGAGGACGAGUUUCCGGAGGCUGUGGAGCAGAGUUCAUACGACCGUAUGCCCUGGUUGGAGUUUCCUUGGAAGGGGGAGGAUUAUAACACUCGCCGCUCCCCCCGGCUCUUCUGCUCUCACCUCCAUGAGGACCUGGUGCCCUACGGCCUACAGGGCAAAGGAAAGAUCAUCUACGUGACCAGGAACCCCAAAGACAUCAUGGUGUCCUACUUCCACUUCACUCACUUCAUGAAGAUUUUAGAGUGUUCAGAGACGCACGGCGAGCUGAUGGAGAAAUUCUUUAGUGGGCGGAUACUCGGAGGCCGCUGGUUUGAUCACAUCAGAGGCUGGUACACCAACAAAUACAAAUACAACAUCCUGUUCCUAAGCUAUGAGGAGAUGAUCAGGGACCUAAGAGGAGUUGUGGUGCAGAUUUGUACGUUUUUGGGGAAGAACGUGUCAGAUGAUGUCAUCGACAGUGUGGUGAAAAAAUCCAGCUUCAACUACAUGAAGAAAGACCCCAAAGCCAACUACGAGAAUUUGCCUGAUAAUAUAGUAGAUCAUAAGAAAGGAGACUUCCUCCGCAAGGGUACAGUGGGAGACUGGAAGAACUUUCUGACAGUGACACAGAAUGAACACUUUGACCGUGUUUAUCAGGAACAGAUGAAAGACCUGCCACUGGACUUUGUGUGGGACAUCACUGACAUACACACAUAACACACACACACACACACACAUAUACACACACACACACACACACACAUACACACACACACACACACACACACACACACACACACA